AAUUGCGGGGACCCGCUAGGCUGGUAGCGGCCGAGCCCAGAGGGAUGGAGUCGGUGGCCGAGGGACCCGAGUUCGGGGCCUUCAAGAGACCGGCGCUGCCGCCGGCGGCCCCGCUCCGCGGCAAGGAGGUGGGCGCCGCUCCCCGGGACCCCGAGGGGGAAGCAGCGGCUAGGGAGCCGCCGGCGGAGAGCCCGCCCCAGCCCCGGGCCCCAAGCUUGGCCCCCGGCCCCCUCCCCGCCGCGGCCCCGCAGCCCCGCUACCAGGAGCCGCCGUGGGGCAGCUCUCCCCCAGCCGAGGCCGGCUACGGCCUGGAGACCCUGAAGGGCGGCGUCAUCGUGGGCACCCUGCGCUUGGAGGGCAGGAGCUGGUUCCUGGUGGGGCGGCUGCCGGGCUGCGCCCUGGCCCUGGAGCACCCGUCCGUGUCGCGGCACCACGCCGUGCUGCAGUACCGCGGCCAGGACCAGCCCGGCUUCUACGUCUACGACCUGGACAGCACCCACGGCACCUUCCUCAACAAGGCCCGGCUCCCGCCCCGCACCUACUGCCGGGUGCGCGUGGGGCACACGCUGCGUUUCGGGGGCAGCUCCCGCCUCUUCCUGCUGCAGGGACCUGAGGAGGAUCAGGAGUCUGAGUCGGAACUAACUGUGACUCAGCUGAAGGCUCUGCGCAAGCAGCAACAGGCAAAGUUAGAGAAGACAAUGUUAGGUGAGGACUCCGAUGAAGAUGAACAAGAAGAAAAGGAAGAGAGAAGAAAUGAGAAUAAUCAGAGUAACGAUAUGAGUUGCUCGUGGGGAAUGGGGGAAGAUGCUGAGGAAGAUGAGGUUGAAGAAAAUCCUAUUGCCAUCGAGUUUCAGGAGGAGCAAGAAGCCUUUUAUUUGAAGGACCCUAGGAAGGCACUUCAGGGUUUCUUUGACAGGGAAGGAGAAGAACUAGAGUAUGAAUAUGAUGACCAUGGACACAAUACCUGGCUCUGCAGGGUUAAGUUGCCUGUGGAUGAUGCGUCAGGGAAGCAGCUGGUGGCAGAGGCUAUCCAUUCAGGAAAGAAAAAGGAAGCAAUGAUACAGUGCGCGCUGGAAGCUUGCCGAAUACUGGAUGCUAGAGGUGUGCUGCGGCAAGAGGCAGUAUCCCGGAAAAGGAAAGCAAAGAACUGGGAAGAGGAGGACUUUUAUGACAGUGAUGAUGACACCUUUCUGGACCGAACUGGGGUUGUUGAAAAGAAACGACUGAACAGAAUGAAAAAAGCUGGGAAAAUAGAAGAGAAGCCGGAGACUUUUGAUUCACUGGUUGCAAAGUUAAAUGCAGCUGAAAAAGAACUUUCUGAGAUAACAGAGAAGCUGAAGGUUUCAGGGAAAGCCCAACCCCAGCCGGCUUCUCAGGAUUCCUUGGAUGAGUUCAUGACUGAAAUAAAAUCAGGCUGCUCCUUAGACAGCGUAAUGAGGAAGAAGCUUCAUUUGCGGUCUUUUGAAUUAAGGAAAGAACAGCAGAGACUGAAAGGGUUAAUCAAGAUUGUUAAACCUGCAGAACUGCCAGAGCUGAAGCCCCAGACUGGGAGUCAUGGUCUGGAACUAGAGAGCAAGCCUAAAAAGCUAAGGUUGCCUCUCUUUGGUGCGAUGAAGGGCGGAAGAAAAUUCAAACUGAAAACUGGAAACCUGGGGAAGUUGCCUGUCAGGCGUCCAGAUAUCCCUGAAAGCUUCUUAAAAAUGAAAGAUGAUGGGCCUGAAGUGGAGGAGGAAGAUGAGGAUGAAGAUGAGCAGGAAAUCAAAGCAGCAAACAUUGGGACACAAAAAACAGAGAUGAAAAUGGCAGGAGAAGAAGUAGAACAAGAGACUAGUCUUCCUGCCAGUUCUCCUGGGAUUGGUUUUCAAUCUCAGCCCAUCAGCAAGCAGUUAAAGACACCAGAGAAUGAAUAUCAGGUGGAUCUAUCACAAGAGAAGUCUCAAGCAUCAGAGAGAGCAUGCAAGACAUUUGAAGAGAGCCCGAAGAAAAAGACGAAAGUGAAUGGCCCAAGCAGUGGGGCGGCAAAAAUGGUAGAGCCAGCCCUGUGGCGCUGCAGGGGCUCCAGCAAGCACUUUCUUCCUCACGAUACCCAGAAGACGACCCAGACUACUGUGUGUGGAUGCCUCCUGCAGGUCAAAGCGGUGAUGGCAAGACUCAUCUGAAUGAAAAAUAUGGCUAUUAAGCUUCACAGACCUCAGAGCCACUGCCUGGUGCCUAAGGGACUGUGUUACUUUGGACAGCUUCCUGCACAGAGUUGAGUGAGGGUUGAAAGAGUUGAGUUCUUGGAUGUUGUUCCAGAUUGAAUGGCAUCAGCACCAGUUCGGACAGUUAUCUUAAGCAUUGCAUUUGUUCUUUGUUUUUAAAACACUUCUAAGGAUUCCUGAGCCUUGCAUACAAAUUUUUCCACCUCUUCCUUCUGCAGUUGGCCUGGUCGUUGUAUUCAGCGUGAGAAUGUUAGACUUGUAAGGGCUUUAUGUUUAUAAGCUUGAUGAAGUGAGACCAAGCUGGUUUUAUCCAAUAAAAAUGAGAACACAAGUG